AUGCAUUGCCAAGAACAACAAAGAGAUCAGGUCAGCUUAGAGCUCGAGAAACCCUACAUCACUGAAGUUUUUCUAUCAACUCCCUUUGGUAGUGCAGUACCAGCUCAGGAUCUGAGGAAGGCAAUACAAUAUCUGAACAAUCUUCCAGGAGGUAUUGAAAUGCACCGAGACCCCAAGAAAGUGUUAGGGGCUGUGGAACACCUGAAGAGAAUGAGAGACCUUGGAAGACUAGGGACAGGUGGACUGCCAGUGGACUUUUCUUUAGCAGACCUGCAACAAAGCCUUGCAGGAAGAUAUACUUUGCCAGAUUUAAUGAAAGUCAUUGAAGAGUGCAUUGGGAAAAAAGGUUAUAGACCAUGUCCAGAGGAAUUUGAGGAGGUAUAUGAAGAAAUUAAAGGUAAUUUAGGCCGGCUUGAGGGAAUGUUGGCUGCUUCUUAUCUGGAAAAUGAGAAUCAAACUGCCCAGAUACAAAGAAUGACACAGGAGAUGGACCAGAUACAAAGAAUGACACAGGAGAUGGACCAGAUGCCAUUACUACUGCAGAGAAACCAAUAUCUUCUUGAAGACAACACUAGUUUGGUCUGGGAAAAUGCUGCACUUAACUCAGAAAAUGCUUCACUAAACUCAGAAAAUGCAAGGCUGAGAACACUGCUUCUCAGAACAUAUGUUUUCUGACUCCAAAC